UCCCAAAUUCACUUACAGCCUCAGUUUUCAACCAAAGCCAGCUGCUAGCUUGCGUAGUCGAGUCUCGUCUGAUCUAGCUAGACCGAACGGAAGCCAUGGAUCGUCGUUUCCUUCUCGCCACAAUUCUGAGUUUGGCAGCGGUUGGCGCGCAAGCAGUGGCCAAACCGAAGAAUUUGAGUCCCUGCAUUUCCCCUCUCAAGGUGUGCGACUUUUUUUUCUACAACUUCAAGGAAGAAACACCUGUGAUCACACUUAACGCCGUCAGCAGCGAGAAGGUCGCCUCCACCGCUCUUCGCCACAAGUCUGACAAGCCUGUGACGACGGCAACCACUUCGGGAGCCUUCUGCAGAAUCUUCGGGGGCGGGUCUUGCGAGAACUACUUCUUUUUCCGCGCGCGCGGAGCCAGUGACGCGUACACUAAGUUCGUGAACCGUAACGACCGCCUGGGCAUCCGGCCCAUGCCCCAGUCCAAGGUCGACGAGCUCAACGGCAAGUGCAUCAAGCUCUACAUCGAAACCGCUAAGAUCAAGCUCGGCAAAGGCGUUAACGCGUCCGACUGGCUCAAUCCCAACGACGGCAAGCCCGGCUACCCUAUGGCUCGUCGCUGCGUUGUCUUCAAGCUUGUGGCUGGCAGCUAAGCGACAGUAUUCGGCGCGGCGCCAAACGUUCAUUAGAUAGUGUAGGAUUGGGGGUAGCAAUACCUUUGCAUCCACUAGACCGAGAUGCUAGCUCCUGUUCGGCAUCUGUGAACUAGAUGUGUGAUCUGAUUAUAAUAAAUACGUCACAAAGGUUCGGACUCAAU